UUCGUCUUUAAUAUUUGUCGAUUUCAAUAUGGCCAAAUUUCAACGUGGGGAUUUAGAGUCCAAAUCUGAAAAAGAGUUAAGCGAGAAAAUGUCUGAUCAGAGCGAUGAUGAAGGACCGGAGGAAGUCACGUUUAACGACUCGAAAGCAGUCGCGCUAAAGAGCGUUAAAGACGCGCGGGAUUCAGUGAAAAGGGGAAAAGAGUUGCUGAAGGAGAAGAGGCGAAAAAGACAGUUGCUUUUCCAAGAACAAAAGAAAAGCAGACUUUUACCAGAAGCUCUUUUGGAAGAAUUUGACACAGUGGCCACGAAAGCACCACCGCUGCCAGAUGUGAAAGGUGAGCAGCAGCAGGAGAAGAAGAAAAAAGCGAAGAAGCCGAAGAAAGUGUCUAAAAGUUUGCAGGGCAACUGCAAGGUGAUGCGAUUGAAGGACCGGUCUGCCAAUACCUCAAUGCAGAAAUCAGCCAUGGAUUUCAUCCAAGCACGUCUGUAUGGCCCAGGAAGCCAGAGAACAACCAACGCUGAACUUCUUUCUCUGCAAAAGAAACGCGGACUCAAUCAAGGAGCUGCAGUGCAGUUUGCGAAUAAGAAGUGGGGAGCAGACCAGAAGGCCAAGGCAGAAAAGUGCAACAAGAGGUUUAUUCACAGACAGAAGCUAAUCGCCAGCUGAGACACUUCCGAGGAUGUUUUAUGUGCGACAGCAUGAUGAAGACUGCCUGCUCAGAUUUCAGUCGUUGCAGCCAGUGCUGUUACACAGUGCUGUACAGACCAAAAUGCAGUCACAGACACAUGGCUGUGAAGAACUGUUGUAUUGAUUUGUGACUGGAAGCAGCUCAUCAUUAAGCAUUGAAUCCACAAACCUGGGACAGAUUGUUUUCUUUUUUUGAUUGUAAGCAUUUUAUGGAGUAUUCUGAAAGUUAGACUUUAAAGAGGGGAAAAAACCCUGAACAAACUGCAUAUAAAUAUUUAAAUUUAACAUGUGAUCUUCAAUAACAUCCAAGAUUUACUUUGUAAUGGAAUUGAGCUUUUUUUUUUAAGUUUAAAUGGCUUUCAUCAACAUGGUCUAUGUUCAGUUUCCUACAUUACCCACAAUGCUUUUUGACUACCUGAUGAUCGUGGUGUCAGUGGGAAUUAGCCCUUGCUUCAUCUCUAAGUAAAGAGUACGAUGCAGCCAAUGCUUUAUUAUUUUAAUCUGUCCAGCUCUCUCAUCUGCACAAACAGAUCAGGUUCUAAAGUUUUAGUGUUCAUGCUAGUACCGCCGUUUACACCAUUGGGUUUAUCUCGUAGAUCUCUAACUAGCUGAGCAGAGUUGCUGCCGUAACUUGACACAACUGCAUUGUAGAGCUGCACCACAGUCUUGGACCUUUAAGUCCGGUGUUUGUCAUCUCCACUAGCUCUACUUUAGAUUUCUCAUUAAUAUGACAUAAAUGGUGAGCGAGAAAAGAAACACUUGCUCUUUUGUUGUUGGGAGCUAAAAGCAAAAUCUGAAUUAUCACUUAUGUUUGGGAAUUUUUUCUUCCGUUAACCUCCAUUAAACCGCACUAGGAAUGUCUGCUGUCGAAUAACACAAAUACAGCACCAACCAACAUAUUAGCACCAAAAUCACUGACCACAUCCCAAACAUUUCAAUGUAAACACAUUUAGUGUUUUGGGACUUUUCCUUUAAGGAACAUAUGAAUAUGCAAAUGGAAGGUCUUUACACUCUUUAUAGCAAGUGCUGCUAUAGAGAUCAGGUCAGAUGCUUUGUGUCUCUUGGGCUGAAUGUAAAUACUACUCUUAAUUACUGAAUGUAAGCGUGAAAAAAAUAAACAACCCCAAACUGCCCUGAUGA